GUUUCCUUCUUGAUCCUUCACAAGGGAAGAUUUUCUUUUUUAGAGGUACAGAUUCCUCUUAGUCAAGUCCUGAUUAAAACUCCAGCUAAGACAUUAGUAAGCCUUGGUUAGUGAAGUGGCAUCAGGAAGUGCCUACAUUUUCAUGGCCUGGUAGCGUUCAGUGAAAAUGUUCAUUAACAGACACAGGCCAUUCAGUCCCGAAUCCCAAGACACUGAAGACUGUGUUUGAAUCAGACUCACGGGUUCCUUCCUAGCCACUCUCAGGGACAGGAAUGCUUCUGGUGAAGAAGUUUUCGAUGGUGGUUCAUGGAGCUUCCCUACACCAACUUGGAAAUGGCAUUCAUUUUAUUGGCUUUUGUUAUCUUUUCCUUAUUUACCCUGGCUUCCAUCUACACUACUCCGGAUGACAGUAAUGAAGAGGAAGAACAUGAAAAAAAGGGAAGGGAAAAGAAAAGGAAAAAGUCUGAAAAGAAGAAAAAUUGCUCAGAGGAAGAGCAUAGAAUUGAAGCUGUUGAGCUAUGAUCUCAUAGCCACUGAUAUUUCUCGCUAAGAAGACAGAGGAAGCAAUCCAUGGGAACUACUUAUCCACAGUAAACAAGAGGAGGGGAUAAUGAAGAAAGUUAAAAUCACUUACUGAUUAAACGCAAUGAUAAUAA